AGAAAGCAAAUUUGGCAACGAUUGGGCGUUCAUACCUCUGCUCGAAGCGGUGUACACGUUCAGUUGUAUUUUGUCGAUAGCUUCGCGUUGGAUCUGAAGUGCUGUAAGGAGGAACUCACUAACUACAGAUUCAGGAACUUCUUCUUUCUCUUGGAUACCUGUUUAACUACUAGCACGGCUGAGUCUGCAGCCAUGAGUUCAGAUGAUGAUGCCCAGUUUGUGGAUCGGCACAGGGCUGACCUCAUAAAGAGGGUUACUAUAGUAAUGCCCAUAGCAGAUAACCUACUACAGAGGGGCAUGAUACAUGAGGAGAUGUACUCUAAUAUCCGUGCUGCCAGCACCAGCCAGCAACAGAUGCGACUGCUGUAUGAGGCCCUGAAAGGAGGGGUAAAGGUGAAAUCAGCCUUUUACAGGGUUCUACUGGAACAACAACCUCAUCUAGUCCAAGAUCUAGGUCAACCCUCCGCAGUCCAUGCCAGCACAACUCUGAAUUCUAAAGACAAAGAUAAGAAUAUUGAAGGGUGCCAAACAGAACUGAAAUCUUACCUGAAGAAAACAUUUGAAAGAAUUUUUCCUGGAAUAGCUAUACAAGGACGUCCUACACUCCUAAACAAGAUCUACACAGAGCUCUACAUCACAGAGGGUGGAAGUGGAGAGGUCAACAAAGAACAUGAGGUGAUGCAAAUUGAGGCGGUAUUAAGGAGGCCAGCGACACAAGAGAUGGCAAUCAAAUGCAACGACAUCUUUAAACCGUUAACUGGACAGGACAUGACUAUCAGAACUGUGCUCACAAAGGGAGUCGCUGGCAUUGGAAAGACGGUCUCAGUGCAGAAAUUCAUUCUGGACUGGGUUAAUGAAGAAGCCAAUCAGGAUAUACAGUUCAUAUUUCCAAUUCCUUUUCGGGAGCUGAAUUUGAUGAAGGAAAAGACACUUAGUUUGAUUGAGCUACUUCAUGAAUUCUUUGUUGAAAUCAAAGAAUCUGGACUUUCCAACUUGAAAAACAUCAAAGUGUUGUUUAUCUUUGAUGGGUUGGAUGAGUGUCAACUUCCUCUGAGUUUCAAGACAAAUGUGAUCUGCCGUGAUGUCACAAAGUCAACCACAGUGGAUGCACUGCUGACAAACCUCAUUAAGAGGAAACUGCUUCCUUCUGCGCUUCUCUGGAUAACAUCCCGACCAGCAGCAUCCAAUCGGAUCCCACCUGAGUGUGUUGACCAAGUGACGGAGGUGCGAGGGUUUAGGGAUGAACAGAAGGAGAAAUACUUCAAGAAGACAGUCAGUAAUGAUAAACUGGCAGAAAAAAUCUUCACACAUGUACAGUCAUCAAGGAGCCUCCACAUCAUGUGCCACAUACCAGUGUUCUGUUGGAUUUCAGCCACUGUUCUAGAGAGACUGUUGAGUAAAGCAGUAACUGGAGACUUGCCCAAGAAUCUGACACAAAUGUUCUUACAGUUUCUGAUCUUUCAGAUAAGACAGACAACGCAGAAGUAUCACGAAGACUCUGACACAGACCUCCACUGGGAUAAAGAGACUAUCAUGAAACUUGGAAAACUGGCUUUUGAAGAGCUUGAAAAAAGCAACCUGAUCUUCUAUGAGAAAGAUCUGAAAAAGUUUGGCAUUGAUGUCAGAGAAGCUUCUUUGUGCUCAGGGGUGUUCACACAGAUCUUAAGAGAAGAGUGUGCGUACCAGGAGGUGGUCUACAGCUUUGUUCAUCUGAGCCUUCAGGAGUUCAUUGCUGCUUUGUAUGUGUUUCUCUCAUUUGAAAACAACAAUGAAGAUGUUAUAACACCACAACAACCAUCCAACUCGACUGGAAUCGUCUUGUAUGAAGAAUAUCUUCCAGACAACAUCUACAAGAGUGCAGUGGAUAAGGCCUUAAAGAGUGAGAGUGGACACCUGGACCUGUUCCUCCGCUUCCUUCUCGGCCUUUCACUGGAGUCCAACCAGACAUUCUUUCGAGGCCUACUGACACAGACAGGAGGGAGCUCACAGAGCAACAAGGGCACAGUCGACUUCAUUAAGGACAGGAUCAGGAAAAAUCCCUCUCCAGAGAGGUGCAUUAACCUGUUUCACUGUCUGAAUGAGUUGAACGACCAUUCUCUGGUGGAGGAAAUCCAAAUCUACUUGAAGUCAGGAGGUGAUUCGAAGAUCGAACUCUCAUAUUCUCAUUGGUCCGCUAUGGCCUUUGUUAUGCUGUCCUCAGGCGAGGAGCUGGAUGUGUUUGAUCUGAAGAAAUUUGUCAGAUCAGAUGAAGGUGUUCUGAGGCUCAUGCCAGUGAUCAAAGCUUCUAAAACAAUUAUGUUGAAUUCUUGCAAUAUCACUUGGAGAAAUUGUGAGAACCUGGCCUUAGCUUUCAGCUCAAGUACUUCAAGUAUGAGAAAGCUGGAUCUGAGUCACAAUGGCCUUACUGAUACAGGGGUGGAGCUGCUGUGUCUUGGACUAGGGAAUACAAUCUGUAAAUUGGAAACACUGAAGCUGUCAGGCUGUAAAGUACAAGAGGAAGGCUGUACUUCUCUGGCUUCAGCUCUAAGGUCAAACCCUGCACACCUGAAAGAGCUGGAUCUGAGCUACAAUAACCCAGGAGAUUCAGGAGUGAAGCAGCUCUCUGCUGCACUAGAGGUUCUACACUGUAAACUGGAGACACUAAGUCUGGUUAAUUGCAGCUUAACUGGAACAUGUUGUGAAGCCCUGGCCUCAGCUCUGCGCUCAAACUCCUCAAGUCUGAGAGAGUUGGAUCUGAGUAAGAAUGACCUGCACAAUAUGGGGCUGGAGCUGCUCUCUGCUGGACUGAGAAGCAUCAAUUGUAAACUAGAAACCCUGAGGCUGUUAGACUGUCAAAUCACAGAGCAGGACUUUUCUUUUCUGGGUUCAGCUUUGGGCUCAAACCCCUCACACCUGAGGGAACUGGACUUGAGCUACAAUCAUAACCUACAGGAUUCAGGAGUGGCCUAUCUUUCUGCUGCACUGGAGAAUCUGCUUUGUAAACUGGAGACACUGAGGAAAGUGCUUGUAACCUGUGGAGUCACAGAGGAAGGCUUUUCUUCCCUAGCCUGUGCUCUGAAGUCCAACCCAUCACACCUGAAACAACUGGACCUGAGCAACAAUAAAGCAGGAGAUGCAGGAGCAAUACUGCUGUCUGCUGCACUGGAGCAUCCAGGUUGUGAGCUAUUGAAAUUUAGGCUCUGUGAUUGUGGUAUGACAGAGAAAGGCUGGGCUUUUCUGGCUUCCAAUCUGAGGUCAAACCCCUCACACCUGAGAGAGCUGGACCUGAGUAAAAAUGUACUUGGAGACUCAGGAGUGAAGAUACUUUCUGCUUUACUGGAGGACCCACACUGUGAACUCAAAACACUGAGGCUUGAAAACUGUUCAGGGGAAUGCUUUGUUUCUCUGGCUUCAGCCCUGAAAUCAAACCCCUCACACCUAAGAGAGCUGGACCUGACCGGAAAUAACGUAGGAGACUCAGGAGUGAAGCUGCUCUCUGCUGGAUUGGAGGAUCCAUGCUGUAAACUGGAGAAACUGAGCCUGAUUUGUUGUGGACUGAGUUGGGAAUGCUGUGAGACACUGGCAGCAGCUCUUAGCUCAACCUCCUCAAGUCUGAGAGAGCUGAACCUGAGUCGCAAUAAUCUGGAGAAUUUGGGAGUAAAGAGGCUGUCUACAGGAUUGGGCAAUCCACAUUGUAAACUGAUGAUCCUGAGGCUCAGUGACUGUGGUAUGGCGGAGGAAGGCUGUGCUUCUCUUGCCACCGCUCUAAGGUCAAAUACCUCUCACCUGAGAAAGCUGGACCUGAGUUUAAAUUCCCCAGGAGAUUUUGGAAUGAAUCUGCUCUUUGCUAUGCUGGAAGUUCCCUGUUGUAAACUAGAUAUUUUGAGCCUGGAUAACUGCAAACUCACCUAUAAUUGCUGUGCGGCUCUGGCCACUGCUCUCAGCUCAAACUUCUGUAGUCUGAGAAACCUCAACCUGAGUAACAAUAACCUACUUGAUCCAGGAGUACAGCUGCUCUCUGCUGGACUGGAGAAACCACAGUGCAAACUGGAGAAGCUGGAGCUGGCAAACUGUAAGUUCAACAAGGAUGGCUGUGUUUCUCUGGCCUCAGCUCUAAGAUCUAAUCCCUUCCACCUGAGAGAGCUGGAUCUGGACCAUAACACGUAUGGGCGUGGAAAAGCCUUCCUCAAAGCACUACAGAAAGAUCCACACUGUCAACUAGAGAAACUGGGAUUGUUCACACGCUUGGAAGUAAGAGUCCGCAUUUAGCUAAAAUAAACUUGUUCCUGGACCACUGCACUGAAAACAUGUGAUGUGUAGACCAAAAUUGAAACAUCAGAUGCAGCGAAACAUGAAAGUUAUUACAAAAAAAGUGUGUUAAAGUUUUUUUUGUAUUAUUCUUUAUCAUUCUUAAAGGAAUGAAACUCAUGAAACAUCUGUCAAUUUGGUGAUCGUCUAUGUUCUGAGUUUGUCGUGGAAAAUUGUAUAUGCUCUCUGUGUUCUUUCUCAAGGUUUACAUGUUCUGUAAACUGUCUGCCAAUGAGUUGUUGUUUUCUGUUAUCAAGUUGAAAUGUGAUUGUGGUUUAGUCACAGGGUGGGGGGGCGACAGAAAAAGAGGAGCUAGAUUUGGCUAGAUCUUGAGCUAUUAGCUCAACGCCCAGGAAAGGGCUUAGACAGGACAAUGACCUCUCUCCUCCACCUUGAGACUCUUCCUGAAUGGAUAAUAUGUUUCUCCUUGGUCAUGUUUUUGCAGCAGCGUAUAAAGGAGAAAUGAAGGGACUGACCCGUGAGAGAUUAUGACAGUAUUGUACCCUGCGCAUUAAGUUUGUUGUAAUCUCUCCAGCAUGCUGUUAAUAAAGAAUGAUUCAUUUAA